CUCAAUCAUUCCGUUGUGCUCUUUCUUUUGAGUUUUCGUCGUGCGGAGUUGGUAGACACAUCGCAACGUGUAAUUUCUCAUAUUAAGAACAGGAAUUUGCACACUAAAUUGUUGUAUUUGUGACGAUUCUCUAGGGCUCACAUUUCGUCACCCCCAGUAUUCAUGAAGAAUACAAACAACAAAUAAAAAAUUUGGAAUCAUCCGUACGGCAGUGUAGCUGAGUUUUGGAAUAAGGAAAACAUGAAGAGUGUCAAAAAUUAUUGUUUACAGCGACCUGUGUGUGAAACAGUGGAAACGACGGAGAAGUAGGGGAGUAUCCCUCCAGUAAGGAGAUAAUCAUAAUCGUGGAUUAUCUUCAAAAAGAGGCAAUUAAACAACGAAACUCAACAUUUUAAGUGAUUGUGGCCUGAUAAGUGAUUUUUGAUACGCAUAUCAUUAUUGAGAUGGAUGGAGCAGUGCUCAUACUGAUUAUUGCGGCAUCAACAAAUUGAUGUAAACUCCAUUUUGUUCAACUUUAUUAUGAUAAUAAAUGACAAGUGACCAUAAUAUGUACACCGUUUUAUGCUCCAUGUCUUAUGGGCAAAUAAGUGAUCAGGAGAUUUUGGAAACAGUAUAGAAAUAGUUGUCAUUAAACAUAGGUUAUGGAGAGUACACUGUGAACUGUGACAUAUCCAUACAUUAUUUCUAUUUGGCGUCGUGACAAGUGGAAUCGUGCGGAAAUUAUUGGUCUAAUAAAGAAACUAGAAGAUUUGAAACCGGGAAGAUGAACAGCAGAUGACUAUUAGCCGUGCUGGUUUAGCUCUCGUUCAUCUUUAAUAUGAGCAGAGUAAUAACAGUGCCUACUGGUGGACAAAUACUUCAGGAGUGUGUGGAAACCAUCGAACGACAUAAAGCGCCAACCUGUAAUGUACCCCUUGUACAUGGCAGAUCCAAUCCGACAAUUAAUCUACGCAACAAACUGACCACUCACCAAAGAAACCAUAGCUUGGACUUUAGGUCGAUGGGUAUCUUGCUGCCGCCAGUCCCCCAAAUAACCGUGACAACCCUGACCAACCACCACCGCAACCGUAGUUUGGACUCCGCCCUACAGCGUAUUCCAGAAGUAGAUGUUACUCCUUCUCCAGAAUGUGAGACGAUUCCAGAUAUUGCUAAAAAGCCCUCGACUCCAAUUAUAAAACCGCGAAAUCGUGAACGUGAGGAUUUGGCAAGCCUAGGUUCGGACGAUUCUGGAAUUCUCUGCGGUUCUGAUAGUGGCUCCAGUGAUGCGGUAGCCAUGACCACUUGUGAAUCAAAUAUUGAUCAUUUAAACAGCCGUGAGAGUUUGGACUCAUCGCUGUCCCAAUCUGGAGACAUGGAUAGUGUUGACAUCAUUGAUUCAGUUGACUCAAUCACUGAAGAAAUUGACUUUUCUAAUAAUAAAGGGGGGAUAAUUACGAUGGAAACUACCGUUAACAGACAGAAAAGCGAAAAUAUUAAUGAGCAUAGUGAUAAGCUGGUCAAAGAGCAGAGAAAAGAAGUAACAUUAGGUAUUAUCAAUGCUCACAAGAGAAACGAAGAAGUUUUGGAAAAGCAACUAGAAUUUGCAGGAUCAGCAAUUGUUCUUUGCUGUGGAUCUACUCAGCCCGAAGGGACUGAAACUGGUAAACCACUCGGAAAGCAAGAAAGCGCACAGCCCAAGGCUUCUGAGGGAUGUUUAUUGCGCUUGUUUGAAAGCCAGAUAUUCGAUAUGUCGAUGGCAAUUUCCUAUUUGUUCAACUCAAAAGAACCUGGCGUCCAGAGUUAUCUUGGAAAUAAAUUGUUUAGCUUCAGCAACGGGGAUGUUGACUUUUAUUUACCACAACUUGUACUAAUGUAUAUUCAACUGCACGAUGUCACUGAGGUGCUUUAUCCUUAUCUCGUCCAUAGGUGUAGACAAGCAGCAGAUUUUUCCCUGAAAUGUGCAUGGCUUCUAGAUGCAUACAGCUCGGACGCACAUUUGCCCUCAAAAAAAAAAUCGCAUGGGACCAAAUUGAAGAAUCUAAUUCUCUCGGAUGAACUCCGUCGGAAUAAAAGAACUUGUGAUGCAACGAGAAAAUACAAAAUUUCUGUACAUGGAGGAUGCCAACCAGCAAUUGGAAUGAUGACUUUACCGCCCGCUCAACUCAUUACGUCACCCAACAAAAAAACACACCAAAGAUCACAAUCUGACGCUACUGGGUUAUUUCAAUCGUUGCGUCGAAGUAAUUCUGGUAUAAUAAGUAAAAUAAACCUGGGAGAUCUGAGUUCCGGACGAGCAUUUGAUAAUGGAUGUACCUGUUUCCACUCCUGCCAAGGUGUAGUGAACGAUCUUAGAGGUCAGAAGACUGACUGUUUCUGUGAUGCUCCUCGUCUUGCUCCAGAACUCGAAUUCAUUCAGGCUCUCAUAACAAUUGGUAAACUGUUGGGAACAAUCCCCACAAAAGAAGCUAAAACAGUUCAGCUCGUGGCAGAGCUUAACACUCUCAACCUAAAUCUUCCAGCUCGGGUUUGGCUCCCUUUACACAGUUCCAUUCCUCAUCACAUCGUGAGGGUGCCCCCACAAUAUGCAGCAGUGCUUAAUAGCAAGGAUAAGGCUCCGUACAUCAUUUAUGUAGAAGUCCUUGAAGUAGAAGAUCUAUAUACUUCCCCUGUCCCCACGAAAAUCAUGGGAAGUUCGUUGAGACAUACAAAAUCUGAGGAAAAUCUAACUGGAAGCGACAACCCUACAGAAGACCCAUCGAUUGCCCCCACACUUACGUCUGGUCCAAACAACAAAACUCCUUCCAAGGCUGUAAACAAGUCGCUGACCACGAAUUUAUCUACUCCCCUAUCAAAUCAUUUAUUUAGCUACCCAAAUUUCAUAAACGACGAUCCUAAUGAUUGUUGGAGUCAGGAAGAUGAUGAAAUUACUCAACAAUACCUACAAUUACGAAGACCAAGAAACCAUCGAGAUCGAGAUACGAUAUCUCAAAUGAGUCAAGAUUCAUCUGACUCUAAAGAACCCAUCUUCGUACCUGGUGACAUAAAGAGAAGAUUAAGUGAAAUGGCAGCAACUCCAUCAGCAACCUUCAGCCAUGAUCCCGAAGAUCCUUCCGCUGCUGUUCUCAAGGAACCGUGGGAGUUCAAGCAGAGAAGGAUUAAAGCGUCGAGUCCUUACGGACAUUUAGCCUCCUGGAAACUUCUUGCUGCAAUUGUUAAAUGUGGAGAUGAUCUCAGACAGGAACUGUUAGCCUCACAGCUUUUAGAAAUGCUAAGCAAGAUUUGGCAAGAGGAAAAUGUGCCACUAUGGCUGAGGCCAUAUAAGAUAUUGUGUUUAUCCAAUGACAGUGGAAUGAUUGAACCUAUUCUGAAUACUGUCUCCUUGCAUCAGAUUAAGAAACAUUGUCAGUUAACGUUACUACAGUAUUUCGAGAGGGAGUUCGGCCCUGUAGAUUCCAAGGGAUUUGCAGAGGCCCAAAGGAAAUUCCUGCAGAGCUGUGCAGCUUACUGUUUGAUUUGUUACUUGAUACAAGUCAAAGAUAGACACAAUGGGAAUAUUUUAUUGCAUAGUGAUGGACAUUUAAUUCAUAUUGAUUUCGGCUUCAUCCUUUCGGCGUCGCCCAGAAAUCUGGGGUUCGAAAGUAGUCCUUUCAAGCUGACACCUGAGUUUGUUGAGGUAAUGGGAGGCAGUGGGUCCAAAAUGUUCCAGGAGUUCAAAGGAUUGAUACUGCAAGGAUUGAUAGCUGCUAGAAAACAUAUGGAAAAAGUGGUGAACCUCGUGGAAAUUAUGCUUUCAGGUUCACAACUUCCAUGCUUUCGCAGUGGAGGGGCAGCUACAGUCCAAGGGCUAAAAAAUCGUUUCCACUUGACUCUCACCGAAGAUCAAUUGCGCCAACAUGUAGAGGACCUCGUAGAAGGAAGUAUUCAUUCAUGGUCCACGAAAUUGUACGAUAGAUACCAAUAUUUCGCCAAUGGAACUUUGUAAUUACCUGUAAAUUAUUUCAAUGAGUCUUUUCAAGCUUUUAAAACAAAUCGAAUUAUCCACUUUUUUUUCGCUUUAGUAUUGUAAUGUACCGUUAUGAAGAAUACUAAUUAAUUUUUUUGUCUCACUUAAUUAAUUGCUCUUAUUCAUCUCCAUUGUUUAUUAAAACGUCAUUAAUUUUCCUAUUUUACAUUUUUAAUUCGAUUAAGAUGCCAUCUCUUCCAAAUGCUUUCUCCAUUAAUAAUUCAGCAUUCCAUGAUGUGCACCAAUCAUCAUUUAAGAGAAUUACUUGAUUGAAAUAGUCAAUUCUCUUAACAUUUAAUCAAUAUUUUAUCCCGUAAUUGACUGCAAAUAUUGAAUACUCGAUAUACAUGUCGAUAGAGACGGGCAACUCAGUGGAACUAUUCAAACGCAUGUAAAGUAAAGCAAAGUAUUUCCCAUUAAGAAUGUUAGUUGAGCCUUUACACAGCAAAAUUGUUUGUGAAUUCUAUAAUAUAAUCGAGUUAAGCUGUUUUUUAAUACCAAGAGUAAAAACAACGCAUUCAUAUUUUCAUUAGGAGUCGAUAUCAUGUGAUUAAUUUUUCUGAAACGCUAUAUCUAGACACAAAUUUGUACUUGGUAUUCCUAAUGUGAAAACUCUUUCUUUACAAUAUUUCAAGAUUCGGAAGUAUAUUAUCUGCAGUACAUCAAAAUCAUAACACAGUUGAAUUUGAAUUACUUUUGAAUUGACUGCAUUUUUUAAACACCAGGCGGAUUAAUAAUAAUGUCAAAUAAGGUUCAUUAUGCUGUUUAAUUGAAGAACAAUAAAACUGUUUCUUUGAUUAGCCUUUCAAAGAGUUUUUAAGUUUUAUUAUUAUUCAAUUCCUCACGGAGUUUCAUUACCGUGGGAGAAUUGUCAGACCGCAUCAAAAAUUCACAAAACUUUACGAAAAAUUUAGAACAAUAAUAAACGCACAACUAUGAAAAUUAGUGAGUUAUUGAAUAAUGAAAUAAAUGAAAACCUAACAAUGGUAUAUUUUUCCACGUCAAUCUGAUCCAGGGGUAUUCAGAAAUUUCGAAAACACAUGGAAAAUGAGCAAAUACCGGCAAUACAUCCUUAAACCGUUGGAUUGGUAUCAGUUUCAGCUCUUUCAAAUCCAGCGAUCAGAGACUGCACUAGUUUUUGUUACCUGAUCAGCUCCUCUCUUUAUUGCCUUAUCAUUUCUUAUUUUUAAAACUUGUAGCCAGUUUCUGCUAGAAUUUUAUUACUGAGCACUUUUUCUGAUGAUUAUAGCUUUCAUUUCGGAAAAUUAAUACAAAUGAAGAAAUAAAAGAGGGGAUUUUUGGAAGGGAGAGAAUACUAAAAAUGACAUAAUUGGAUGGUAACAUCCAUCGGGCGAAUAAUUUUGUUUUAUCAACUUGCUGAAAAAAUCGAUACACCACGUUCCCAUGAGACUUGGCGUUAGCAUUUUCGAGAGCUCAAUGGCGAUGAAUAGCGUUUCUGCAUAUGGUCAACUGUGUAAGAGGUAAAUUAAAAAAUGGAGCCGAUAAAGCACGUGUAAAGGAGAAGUACAUUAGAGUGUAAGGGCCGAAAUUUCAGUUUUAUCAAUGUGUCCGUGGAGCCAGAUGCUGGCGUGUGGCCAUAAAUAUCUGUCUUCACACUGCAUAACAACUAUUGUAUACACUUGGUCGAAAGUGAAGUUUGAACGAUGAGCCUCAGGUGAAACGGGUAUUCAUAUAAUCGUUGAAAACGAAGUUUGUGCGCGUGGCUUCUCCUACUGUACGUUCUAUCGGACUUAUGCCGACUUAUUACACCAUGUGCAUUUGUGGUGAUAGAAAAAGUGGAAAAGUGGAAAAAUUCAAAUUAAUUAAACAUAAACCAAUUCGAUAUUGCAUCAUUUAUUCACUUCGGUGGUAAAUACUCGCAUUAAACGCAAAAUUACUUAUGCUACUCCUUGUAGAUUCUCUGCAAAAUUCAGAGGGAUGUUUUCCAAGAUGCGUUCGCUUUAAAAAAAUAAUGGAAGCAUUCAAUCAAGUAAAUAGUGUACCAAAAUUGCGUAAUGGCAUAUGUUCUUCAAAUUGUGCCACCAAAAUCAAUUUUUAUUUUUUUCAUGUUUACAAUAUGUAAAUCUAGAUUUUGAAAGACAACUGUAUUCUAAACAAGACGAUGGGAUGGACAACGAUUCUUAUUUCAGACAAUUUCCAAAAAAACAUAAUUUAUGAAAUUUUUCAAUAGAUGGAAACUGUCGUCGGCAAAUUGGUGAAAACAAAAUUACAACUCAAUACGUGUUUUCUGAAUUUAUAAAUAAGAUGUCAAUGUUAAAAUUUGCGAUUCAAAUUCUUUCGACACAGCAAAAAUUAUAAAUCAAGCAAAGAAAAUGUGGUUUGAAACAUGGAAAAUAUGGUUAUUCACAACACAGUUUUCUUCCCGUUUACUUUAUUAAAAAAAACUUAUUAACUGGAUAAUUAAUCCCUUCAAAAAAACUUGUUCGUAGAAAUUUGUUCGUUCAUUUGCUACAUGGCUUUUUUUGUAAUUUUCUACCAAUAUCCAUUCAAGUCCAACGCGAUAAAAAAUUUUCAGCACUUCAGAAUUACUGUCCAAGUGCAAAUUUAAGAUAAUUCAAUCAGAUGAUAUCGCUACAGGUUAAAUGAAAUUAAUAUUUUGUCGAAGGUGCCUUAUUUGUAGGAACAAAUGUAACGAGAAACUAAUGAAUAAAAGAAACAAAUGUAUGGGAAACCAAAAAAUGCAAUUGAUGUACUGAUAAAGUGUGAAUUUAUGCAUGGUAUGCAUGUAUAUAUGAAAUCGAAUAAGAGCGAUAUCGCGUCAGAAAAAAUCGUUCAAUUUUUUUAUUCUAAUUGAUUUAUCAUUCAUCAUCAUUGACUGUCCGAGGAUGUGAAUUUAGAAUAAUGAUUGAUAAUUCCGUGAAUUCUAACGAAACAAAAUUUUUGAGGGAACUUUUGUAUGGAAAUGAUAAAACGUAAUGAGUCGAUGUGUCUCACUGAUAAUUAUUAUAUGAUCUUGAUAAUCAAUAAGUAUAAAAAAUAUAAAUGUCAGAAAACCUUCUUCUAUCAAAAACUCUUCAACUUUCAAAAAAAAUCCUCAAGCGAUGCAAUACAACUAAUGACCAUAUACAUACUCAAAGAUAUUCACAACUAAUGAAUAAACAAAUAAAAAACUUUUUCCUACUUUAUAUAAAUCAAUAAAAAUGAAUUACCUAAUUAACAGGGAAAUAAAAAUAGAACCUUUAUGAAUUAAUCACGAAAGUUUUCACAUGUUCUCAUUGUGUAUAAUAAAUUUAAUAUCACGUAUUGCAAUGAAAACUUAACAGGAGAUUUCUAGAAAAAAUUAGAAAUUCUAAACGGCAAUUAUUCAUUACUGAAAGCCACAAUCGUGAAUGAGCGAAACUUGGUGUUAUUGCCAUUUUGGGCUUAUUGAAUUGGAUAAGUUUAAAUAAAUAUUAUACCCAAGAUAUUGUAGUUAUAUGAAGAAAAAAGUUUUAAGAAAUCACUAUUAAAUAUGGAUGAGGCAACGAAACCCGGUUUUACUUACCAUGUUUCGGAAAUUAUAUCAUUUAUCCAAAUUUUUAGAUAUUAAGAAAUAAUUGGAAAAUUUGGAUCAAUUUCAUUGUAUAAUUUAUGAACUUAUGAUUCGUUGUCAUCGAGCGCCAAAAACGUAUUUGUUGCGUGAUUAUGCAAAUUUUUAAUAAUCGGUUUGGUAAUAUGCCGUUACUAGUUCCAUCUAAGAAUUUUAUUUUGUUUUUUGUAUAUUUAUUCGCAGGGAUAUGUUAGCUAACCAUAUUCUCACGCCAUGGAAGAAAGAUUGCAUGAGUAUAUAAAUGAGGGAGAACAUGAAAAUUGCUCACAACUAAAUUAAUAAGUCGGUAAUGAAAGUAAUCGGCAAUAUUUGAUCUACUGCAAUAAUGAUCAUUACUUUUUAUCGAAUUCUGGAUCGUGAAUUGCAAAGAUAGAAAAAUUAUGAGAGUAUGUUAUUUUCUGAGCUUGUUGUGCUGCAAAUUCAAUAAAGCAUAUGCAUUUA